UUCGGUGGGGCUCAACCUUUUGGUGCUUUUGGUUCGCUUCCCACUGGCGUCUUUUUUUUCCCUCACUUUAACAAGAAAAUAGAGACACAUCAUGACCGAGAAUCAUGCUUCGUCACCGCGGACGCAGCAGCUGUCUAUCUCUCAAAAACUACUGAAAAAGAUGUCCAUGCGCAGCCUGGGCGACCAUUCUGAUUCUGGCGAAUCCAGUAACAUGGAAUUCAGUCCGACUACAUCCUCUACCCACCUUGACGCGCUCGACAAUCCAAGUCAUACUUCUUUGCAAGGUUCUUCAGAUAGGUCUUCACCUCGAUCGCCUUCGUCCAUCAAAGCAACCAUCGACAGACAAUCGGCCAAGGAACAAGCAUACUACAACGAUCCGAGAUUUCGAAAAUACGUACAACUGAUUGAAAAGAACUUGGCUUCGUUUGAUGCGGUCAAUGAAUGGGCCGAUAUCAUUUCCUUUCUGGGCCGUCUUUUAAAGUCAUUUCAAGCAUAUCCUCAAUUUCCCGUCAUCCCCAAUAAACUCACUGUGGCCAAACGACUCGCUCAGUGCCUGAAUCCUGGGUUUCCCGCAGGUGUUCAUCAAAAAACCCUCGAAGUGUACAGUUACAUCCUAAAAACUAUCGGGCCCGAUCAGUUAGCGGAUGAUUUGGCACUGUGGUCCACGGGUUUGUUUCCUUUUGUACAGCAUGCAGCCACGCACGUCAAGCCUCAAUUGUUAGCCAUUCUUGAAAAAUUCUAUUUCCCAUUACGAGGAAAAUUACGUCCAGCAAUGCGUGGCUUUGUUAUGGCUCUAUUACCGGCACUGGAAGAGGAAGGAAGCGAGUUUUUUGACAAGGUGGUAUCACUGAUGGAUUACCUUUCCAACACCGUGGAACUGCCGUUCUUCUAUUCAUGUAUAUGGCUUGUUAUGAUUAACAACGCGAAUCUACGUCCACCUGCCCUGAAUUAUUUAUUACGACGAUUACCCAAAAUUGUGGAGCAAGAAGAUGUUGCCGUGGUGUUGGGUACUGUGGAAAAUGUGAGCUUGAUGGCCCGUGCGUUUUCCGCGACCUUGAGCGAUCCUCAAAUUCUCGUUCAGCGUGGGAUGCUCGAAUUACUCGUUCAAAAUUUGUCAUUGAAACACAGAACGAUUCCGUUUGAUGACUUGGUGACAUUGAUGCGGGCAGCGCUGUCGAUUGUAUUACGCAAAGACAUGUCCCUGAACCGACGUCUGUACGCGUGGUUGCUAGGCACCGAGACCACCUCGCAAGCGCAACUUGUCUAUUUUCACGCUUAUGCGGAAAAAUCAGCCACGCAAGCCAUUCGAGGCCUCUUAUUCAGUAAUUCGACCGAUCACCACACAAUGAACGACUCUUCCAUUGCUGAUGCGCAACGACCGUACAAGAUCAUGAUCUCCUUGAUGGACAAGUGGGAAAUUGGGCAACCCAUUGUCAGUAAUAUCUUUAUCGACGCACUCACCAGUUUGCGAAAAUAUACCCAGCGAUCCGAUGAAGGGUCCGAGAUCCUGCAAACCGCGAACAUGUGGAUGGAGAUGGUGGAACCUUACCUUAUUGGACUCAAACUAUUCGAGACACUGGAUACCAGUUUUCCCGGCAAAACUUCGUUGCAAACGGAAGACGGGGUGUCGCGCAUCGCUCCUCAAGCCAAUCUGGACGCAAUGUGUCUUGUCGAAUUUUCCCUCCAAUCUUUCAAGCUAACGGAUGACGAAAUGAAACGGGCUCACUUGCCACUGAUCUUGGCGUCACUCACUCGGAAAUUGCAGGAUGUUGUUCGUCAUCCUUCGUUUAUCGACAUGUUGCCUCACGUGAUCAAAUGUUUGUCACUCAUCCUUUUGGUUCUUCAAUUACUGCCGACGACGGUAUUUGUGGAUCGAGACGGUCAUCAGGGCGACACACCACCCCCAGCCGACAGCAAACAAUUUGUGCCUGGCAUGAAUGUACUGGACUACGCCCGCGAAUUCUACGGUCUCCGUGGACCACACCGACGCACCGCCAGCAACGCAUUAACCAAUAGUGCGGUAGAUGAACGGGAAAUGGACACAGUGGAAGACGAAGGCGAUCUUUCGACCACUCAGACAAAGAGCAAUCCUAGUUUGAACACGCCCGCUAAUCGUACUGCUUAUGGCGCUGUACGCGGCACCGUACUUGUGAAGGAACUCACAACGAGCCUCACCUCGUUUAUGAGCGAACUGGUGAAUAGUUACAUUGUGGUACCUGAUCGACUCAAUACCGGUAUCGAUGUGGGCGUGGAUGGCAAACGAUUGCGCCACAUUGACGCACAAUUAGAACGCGUGCUUCACCAUGUGUGUUCCAUUGUCACCUCCAUUGCACAAGUGGCAGGACAGCAAUCCCCGUGGUCGGAUGGUCAUGGACAACAACUACUCUUUGAAAACUUGCUGCAAUGCUGCCAACAAGGUCGAGGGUUUGGCGUGGUUGAUGCUGGUUUAUCGACCCUAUCCACCCUGGCCAAGUACCCGCUCUUCAUGAAUGGUCUCGUCACCCUUCAUCAGAAAUCCGUGGUCAAGUGUAUCAUGGACAAAUUGUGGGGCUUUUUAUCACCGAGCACGCAGUUGCUUCAUGUACGCACGGUGGAAUUAAUAUGGCUGUUGGCCGAUCUGGCGCCUUCGCAUCAUAUUGAAACCUUUAUUGUGCAAUCGUUGAUUGUACCAGACGACACGGAACGUACCAUGAGUUAUGAAAAAUUCGGUAUUUUAUGGGGAUUUUCCGAUAAUACGGUCAAGGCCGCCACAAUAUUUUCACGACCCAUGUUUGUGAUGCUCGAUUUAUUAAAAGAAGGAGUCGCGCCCUUGGACAAAUGGGCAGGCGAAAGCUGGAUCCGUUGCCACCUGGGGAGUUAUGUGCGGUUACUUGAACCUUUUCUUUCGGGUCUACUGGACAAGAGCAUUCUUCGUCGCGCCGCCACCCUGAACGUACCUUAUGAAUACCAAGUAGUGAAGCAUGGAACCAAUGAACCCCUCAGCAUCCCUUACUACCGGUAUUUGCGGUCUUUUGAUACGGCGAUUGUCGAUUACUUAUUUCUGACGUUGAUCAACCUGGUGCAAUUUGGCGGUUUAAAUGCCUUGAAAGCCUUUAAGCAUCACACGGUUGACGUGAACGCGCCCUCUGCCGCCAUGAUCGAACCCGCUUUAGGGAUCUCCGUUACCGAGGAGCAUACAUCAUCACCCUUGUCGUAUUUAGAACUAAUAGUACGAAUUGCGUUGCGAUUUUUGGGAAGCGAACCGAUGGAAAGACAGCAGCAGUCGAUGCUGAAACCCAUUCGCAGCAUCCAGCUGCAUGCGGCUGAAUUGCUGUAUUCGAUCAUCUCCAAAUUGGAGCAUGUGGAUAUGAAAAUUACGCAAUUGAUGCAAGAAAGCGUGCUUCAGAAGCUCCUUUUCUGUAUUGCGACAGGCAACCUUGAACUGCAGCAAAAAUUGCUGCAUCUUCUUCAUGCAACCAUGUCGAUCACUGCUGCAGGUGCGCUCGGUCCCAAGGAUACCACCACAGCGAGAGGAAAUCGGCAUAACCGACGUCUGUCAUCGGUGGAUCAAACUCAUAGCGACACGAUGGAACGAUUCGCAACCAAUGAAUGGAUGCACCGGUCGCAUCCCAAUCAACUGCACACGGAAGCGGUACUGUUGGCACGAGCGACGGCCGGUAUCUAUGUAAAGUGCGCGACAGAUGCGUUAAUGAUGGCCAGUAAUCGACCGAUGUUGCAGCAUUGGAUCGAUUUCGUUUUAGCCACGUUACCCCUUAUACGUGCAGGAUUUCGAUCCAUGAUGGCACCCAUCCUUAUUGCAGUGUGCGAGCAGAUUAUGGUCUGUCAAACCACGGUACGGCUCAUGAUGCAUGGUGAUCACACUGAAUCCCAAGGUUCAUCCACCGAUCCAUUCACCAUCCCGACCACCGCCGCUCCCACGUAUAAUCACAAACCGACCGAUUCACCUUUGAUCCGCGAUCAACCUGCGACGAGUGGCAACGCCGAAAAUGAUCUUGUCAUGUUUCUCUACUGUCUGGAAAAAAUGGUCAUGUUUUCUCUGAAUGAUCGGUCCAUCUCGGAUGAAUGGUACCCUGGGAACCAGGAAGAAGGGACCCACCUGUGUGUCCCCAUUGUGGAUGACCAUUCCGCCUUGAAAGGACUCGUUCAAAUGGUGUACAACGACGAAUCUUCCUCGUCCAAUGCUUCGCCGCGUGAUACCAUUCUCUUUCAUUUGCCGGUGAUUCUGCAUUUGUUACUGGAUGUAUAUCGCGUGUUUGAAACGCCUUCAUGGAGCGAUGAUACCUCGGAUUUCAUUGGCGAUGCCAGACAAGAAGCCAUACUGCACAGUUUUGCGUACCACACACACCGUGUCAAGGCCCGAUUGGAUUCCAUUUUUAUGCGCCUAUACAAGCAUUGUACGAUUGAUUUUGUCGAAGGAUUUACAGAAAUCUUUUUCAUGGAAAACCCUAUUGCUCUAGAAUACGAGAUCUCUCGCGAUCAGUAUGACCUCGUGGCUAUUCGAGUGCUGUCGUCCACACCAAGCAGUUCACCGCAACACAUUGUUUCUACUCUUCUCGAUGCAAUUCGACAGCGCACCCCUGGCAUGCCAAUGAGCCGACGACGAAGUAUUCAGCGAUCAGGAAAAUUAACGGAUACGUCUAUUAUGCGAUUUACAGAGAUCUACUGCGAUCGAUUGAUCGAACCGGAACCAUUGGCUCACAUUUGGCCACUGAUUCAUUCUUUUGCAAAGGACUAUCUGUCACAAGCUUCGGCUUACAAGACAUUUCUUCCCGGUUUGUUACGUUUGUUAACGGUAACACUGGACGGAUUGACGCGAUCAACAGCAUUGGAGGACAAGAAGCUUCGCAAGGACGCACAGGAUCUGUACCAGCGAUGCGUGGAUUGUUGUAUUCUCAUUGCGGGACGAUCGUUUGAUCAGAGUCUGUGGCUGCGACGAAGCACUGUGCAUGAAGAAGACGAUACCGCAUCGACAUCUUCAGACAUCCUCUCCUUAUCUGACACCAUCAUGAGCGAUGUGCCACGAAACUUGUCAACCAGCAAUGUGUCGGAUCUCGAAAAGAAGGCCAGCUGGAAAGCACGAGAAGAUAUGAUGAUUGCACAGGUCAACGUGUAUCUGGCCAGUACGGUGAUUCCUCAUUUAAGGCAGUUGAUUGGCGAUCAAGACAAGAUUAAUUCGCUGUUGAAUAACUUGGUGUAUUACGUGGUUGGACCUGCCUUGCGCACGCGAACAAUGGUGAGCAAAAUUUCGGUGAUCCUCGACCAGAUCUGUGAAAUGACGAAAAUGCCUUUCACCUAUCGUGCGUGGCGAAAAGAGAUUUGGGAAGUGUUCAUUGAUAAUCGAUUCUUCUACAUGAGUCCCAUGACGGCACGCAAGUGGAAGACGAUCAUCCAAACCGUAUUUUCGCUGGAAAAAGAGCGGUUUACCGAACUGAUUGCUCGAAUCAGCACCACGCCAUCGACGGCCUUUUUCACCAACAAGGAACAGGAAACGGUCAACCGUGCGUUGAAUUUGCGAAGGUUAUCGUAUGUCAUUUUCUGCGGCACCACCGAUCAGCAUAUCCUGCAGCUACCGCUCAUCCAAGAAAAGAUUGUGGAAUUGCUCAAACUGGAGCACAGCGAAAUGGUGCAUGUGGAAAUCUAUCUCUGUCUACGAAUCAUGCUCGUGCGAUUUUCCCAGAAACAUUUACUCAAUUUUUGGCCUGUCUUGGUGACCGAAUUAAUGCGCUUGUUCAAUGCCUUUUUAUCAAACAAUGCCAUUGAUCGUCCGGAAGAAGCGCAAAUUGCUCUAGCCGGUUGCAAAUACUUGGAUCUGUUAUGCACGCUUGAAAUUGACGCUUUUCAAAUUUAUCAAUGGAUUUUUAUCCGAGACACGGUGGAAUCUUUAAUACAAGAAUCCGAAGAAGGUCCGAUUCCUAUCAUGGACCGUAUGGAGGCUAAAUUGCAAGAUUCGCCCACAACCGAUGAGUCCAUGGUGGCCGAGAUGACCGAUGGCACACCUUCUGUACCGUCCAUGGGACAGUUGAAGCGCCCCAUGUUAACCAUGCACAGUAUCGGCAGUAUUCGACAACUCAGUUUCUUUAUCGAACAUAUUGGACUCUACGUGUAUCAAUCGUCAUUCACGCUCGCCAAACCCGAUAUGCCGUUUAUAGAAAGCUUAUUGCAAAACGAUCUUCUCGAAGGCGACAUUGAUAACGACUAGCUCUGCUCUAGGCGUCUUUUUUUCUCUGUCCCAUCCCUUACCCUUUAAUUUUCUCUUUUUGUGGCCAUGGUCGUCUAUUCCGUUUAUCAUACCCCGCCUUUUUCUUCUCUUUUUGAACCCAAAAAUACGCGAACACCAGUGUUGCAAAGUUAACGUAUGCAUGACAUCAUUACCAAAUAUAGAAAUUCAUUGAGACACACAUCGAAUCAUUGCCUUUUUAACAUCUGUUUCUGGCA